AUGUUUACAAGUUUCAACGCCGCAGACUAUGAUCUAAAGUACAUCUGUUCGAUGUGUUCUUCCGAAGACUACUGGACCGAAAAUAAUUCAUCGUAUAUUUACGAAUCGAAACCGGGCAUGAGUUACAGCCUGGGAGAGAACUGUCGGAAACCGAAAGAAAAGCCAAAUUACAUGUGUGUUUCUGAUUGCACGUAUGCUUUGCGGAUGAAAAGAGACGAGAGAUGGGAUCUCUUCAAAAAAGUGGAAAACGAGACCGAUCUCUUCAAGCAUGAGGCACUUGCAUGUGGGAAUUUCUACGAGAAAUUCAAUGGGCACAAGUUUGAGAAGGGGAAACCGUGCUCUGUGCGAGCGUUUAACGAUGAAGAUGGCACAAGGGAGCUGCUCUGUCGCUGCUCUUCGCGUAAAUGCAAUGAAAAAAUCGCUCAAUGGGUGAUCAAUCAUUACCAGAAUUUGAGUGGCACCUUUGCGUUUCACAUCUCGUUUGUCGAUUUUCUCCUCUCUCAACAAGACUCGUUGAUUGCAGAAUUAAACGAGAAAGCGCUAGUUACGGAGGAGAAAUUCGAGAAGGAGAUGACGGAAAUGAGGAACGAAACAAAUGAAAAUUUUGAGAAAUUGAUUGCCGGCACAUGGACUGAUAAGAUCAGGCAAUCAGCUGAUCUAAUUUUGGAGAAACUUGAGAAGAUGUGGGGGAUGAGCAAUGGCACCGAGGAGAAAUUCCACGAAUUGGAUGCAAAUCUCAAUGAGAGAGAGGUUCUAGAGGCAAAACUUGAGAAAACACUGAUGGAUAUGAGCAAUGCAACGGAGAAACAGUUCAAAGAAUUGGCCGAUGAACUCAACGAAAAACCAAAUGUUGUCGAGCUAGAGAAGCAGCUGACGGAGCUACGGAAUGCAACUAAUGAAAAAUUCGAGAAAUUGACGAGUGGCUCGUGGUCUGAUAAGCAAAUAAUUCUCGCUGUUGUGAUAGCUGUUCUCGGCACUCUUUUGAUUGGAUCCAUCGGCAUGGUCAUUGCGAUUUAUGGCCUCAAAAGACGACAACCAAAGCCC